AUGAGUGAAAAUGAAAAAACAAACAAUAACAGUAUGGAUAACGAUCAAGAACCUCAGAUUCCUGAGUCGAAAAAGAACGAAUUUAGCGGUUUUUUAAAAACUCUUUCCACGUUUACUGGUGACAUAUAUAGCUUAACAUGUCCCAGUUUCCUUCUGUCUGGUGUUUCCACUUUGGAAUAUGGUCAAUACUGGGCAGAUUAUCCAGAACUUUUUGCGAAUAUUUCUAGGCCCGUCGACGAAGCUGAGAGGGCCGUAGCUGUUCUUAAAUGGUUUGUGAGCACGUUAUAUG